AUGAAGUGGCUGAUCUUAGCACUGGUUUCUCUGCACCUGUCAGAGGGACUGGAGAGAAUGAUUCUGAAGAAAGGGAAAUCGAUUCAGGAGAACAUGAAGGAGAAAGGAGUAUUGGAGGAAUUUCUGAAGAAGCCCCGUGUUGAUCCUGGAUUGAAAUACCACUUGAAUGAGUACAACAACAACAUUGUUUAUGAACCAAUAACCGAUAACUUGAAUACUUACUACUUUGGAGAGAUCACCGUUGGGACUCCGCCACAGACCUUCAGGGUUCUCAUGGACACUGGAUCUUCCUAUCUCUGGGUGCCUUCUGUGUAUUGUAAAACCAGGGCCUGUGGGAACCAUGAAGUUUUCAACCCUAGUGCAUCCUCUACAUACUACGGCACGCAACAGACCUUUACCAUGGCCUACGGGUUUGGCGAUGUUUCCGUCAGGCUCGGCUAUGAUACUGUGAGGGUCCAGAAUAUUGUCAUUCAAAAUCAGGCAUUUGGCCUAACUUUGUACGAACCUCCCUAUCCAUUCUACUAUGCCAGUUUUGAUGGGAUUUUGGGUAUGGCUUAUCGUUCCCUGUCAGGGGGGUUAGCCCCUGUCACACAGCAGAUGGUGACACAAGGGCAGCUUUCUGAACCCAUCUUCAGCUUCUAUUUCUCACGCCAACCAACUGUUCAGUAUGGAGGAGAACUGAUCUUUGGAGGUGUUGAUAAUCAGUUGUACGUUGGGGAAAUUUCUUGGGUACCUGUCACCUAUGAAUAUUACUGGCAGAUUGGUGUAGAGGAGGUUACCAUCAGCAACAAGGCUACUGGCUGGUGCAGCAAAGGAUGCCAGGCAAUUGUAGACACUGGCACUCAUCAGCUUACUAUCCCAGGGCAGUACAUGGAGAGUUUUAUGCAGGCUGUGGGAGUUGAACCAGCCAGCGAUGGUGAGCUGUUGGUGAACUGUAACAACGUCCAGAAUAUGCCCACCAUGACCUUUGUCAUUAAUGGAUACCAGUUCCCAUUGCCUCCUUCUGCUUAUGUCUCCAAUUACAAUGGGCGAUGUGCAGUUGUAGUUGGUCCUACGUAUUUGCGUUCCUUGAAUCAACAACCUCUAUUUAUCUUUGGUGAUGUCUUCCUUAAGGAGUAUUAUUCUGUCUUUGACAUGGCCAACAACAGGGUGGGCUUUGCACUAUCAGCUUAG